AUGGACCUCUCUUCCUUGGAAGGCCCUCCCAUCCGCACCCCAUCCUCCUCAGCAUGCGUCGAUCCGCUUCCGCACAUCCAGCUCGACACCUCCGUCCUGUCGCCCAGUCACAGCGACGGCGAGUACGAGAUGGACUGGGACAGGGCUGUAUCAUGCCUGCCGCCGCGGCCGGCAUCCACCCACGCUUUUGCCUCUCCACGCCACAGACCUGCCAUGGAAACAUUCAAUAACCGACUAGGGGUCGGGCAUAUGGCGCCUUCAUCAUCAUCAUCUACAUCUACAUCCUCGCCGCGCCCCAGAAGCAGUCAUGCAACCCCAUCUACACACAACACAGCCCUCUCGGCGCCAUCGCCAUCGCAGCGCCGCCACCCAACCCGCCUACAAUCGCACAGCUUUUCCUCGCCGCACCAGCUGGUCUGGCUCGACGCCGAAAAGAUCUGGGUCGUGGUGGCUCCCGCUCCAGAUGAGCCCCCAACAACCGCCAAUCCCAACACCAACAGCUAUAGCUACACUACCACUCCGCCAGCGCGGCCGUCCCUCCCUCGUCUGCGCACGCCGGCAAACGCCUACACGCACACGACGCACACGACACCCACGCAAUACGCACAAUCAAACGGCCCCCCGCCAACCCUCACGCACGCCCGCUCCAUGGACGACACCUUCUUCGCCAACAGCGAGCUUCUCUCCCCCAACUACGACGACCUACCGCCGCCGUACGAGCGGCAUAUCUAUGACCGGCAGCUGGCUGUGGGCGCAGGCGUGUCGCGCUGGACCAACGUCGCGAGGCGCAUGAACCAGAGUCCGUAUUGA